AUGAGCUCUGCUAACGAAGGGGUGCCUGUCCAUCGCGCAGAACUGCUGCCGAAAUCUGGAGGCCAAAUAUGUUCCGUUGACAGCAUACAGCAUGGAGAUAGCAUUCAAUAUGGCCAUGGUAGUAGAGAGAGGGGCCUUCGAGACCAGCAUAGCCUUGGAGGUGAAGAUAAUCCUGGAAAUACAACUCUAUCGCCUUCUGCCACGCAUCUUGAGAGCCUCCAGGGUCGUGCAAGAACCGAAAUGGAAAAAGACCCGACCAAUGAUGUGGGGCUAGCAGAAACAUCAUCGACAAUACAGAUAAUCAAGAAAAAGCGACCCAAGGAUCGCAAGAGGAUCGCCAUCGAGGCAGAUUCCAGCGACCUCACAGAUGCCUCAACAGCACGUGAAGACACGGCAAGAAAGGAAGUUAUCGCGUACGAGAGUCCCCAAAGAUUUGACCAUGCUAGCAUCAAGACAGAUAUGGCCAAUAGCAUCAAGCCUCAAGAACCAGCACUAGCUAAGGAAACAGUGUCGAACGGAAACCGCCCCAGCCUCGACAGUAUAAGCAUCGAGACAGACAUGACGUAUACGAGAGUUCGGGAAUCGAAAAUUGUCAAGAAAGCGGAGCUGAGCGAACAUUCCACGCAUAAAAAGCAUGGGACUUAUGGCGAAGUCAGUCAAGCUCAACUGACGCCACCCAAUAUCGAUAACGGGAAUCCCAUAGACAGUGGCCCUGGGAGUCUUGUAGAGGUAGAACAUCGAACAUCUGAAGCUAGGGCAGCUCAACAGGUGUCAAACAACAUGGAUAGUAUAAAACGUGUCCAAAACAGCCCACGAGCCCUCACACAAGAGCACGAGGCUUCCCUGAAUCCCAGGGAGGUUCAGUUACCGCAAGGUGCUGUCGGCAGUAUGAGAGCCUUCGGAAAUUCUCCACGUUUUGGACAGCUUAGAUUCUCCUAUGACCACACGCUUCUAUCUAACCCUUCUCACCUUCCAAGUAUUAGAGACGAUGAGCGUUCCUUCCCCGAAGGUGGUCUUCGCGCUUGGCUUGUGGUCUUUGGCAGUUGGUGUGGGAUGUUUGCCUCUCUCGGAGUUCUCAGCUCUCUGGCAACCUUACAAGCAUACUUGUCUGAACAUCAAUUAGCCUCGCACACUCCUGGAAAGAUCGGGUGGAUAUUCUCUCUCUACACAUUUCUGACAUUUGCUUGCGGUAUCUACAUUGGCCCCCUCUUCGACGCUUAUGGACCAAGGUGGCUCGUAUUUCCUGGUAGCAUAUGCAUGGUCGUUAAAUACUGGCAUUUCCUCCUUAACUUUGGCGUCCUCGGGGGCAUAGGCACAUCGUUGCUUUUCACACCUUCUAUCGCCGCCGUGGGUCACUUCUUCAAUCGUCGACGCGGCUACGCCACAGGAAUAGUCACAACCGGAGGGGCUUGCGGGGGAAUAGUAUUCUCCAUGAUUCUCCAGUCACUUGUUCCCAGAAUUGGAUUCGUCUGGGCAACACGCACCAUAGAGGUGCUAAUUCUUGUCCCCUGCAUUUCUGCGAACAUCUUCAUCAAGUCGCGCCUUCCACCUAGUCGCCGUUCACCCCACCCAGAUUUGCGCAUAUUGUCUCAACCUGCCUUUGCUAUGACUGUGCUCGGGGUGUUUCUAAUCGAAUGGGCGCUCUUCAUCCCGCUAACAUAUAUAACGUCCUACGCUCUUAAAGAAGGCUAUGCUCCCAACCUCGCGUACUCCAUGCUCGCAAUCCUCAACGCAGGCUCCCUGUUCGGGCGAUGGAUCCCAGGCCUUCUCUCAGAUGUACUGGGGCGGUUCAAUACCUCAAUUCUCUUUGUAGUUGUUACGAUUGCAGCCAUCUUUGGCAUCUGGCUGCCCUUCGGAUCCAAUACGGCCGGCUUGGUGAUGUUCACCGUGAUUUUUGGCUUCGCAUCAGGCAGCAAUAUCAGCUUAACACCGGUGUGUAUUGGGCAACUGUGCGAUACAAAAGAUUAUGGCCGCUAUCAUGCCACUUGUUAUACCAUUGUGAGUAUUGGGGCAUUAACUGGGAUUCCGGCUGCCGGCGAAAUCUUGCAGAACUGUGACGGUGACUAUUCGUGGUUGAUCAAGUUUACGGGGAUGUGUUAUGUUGGGGCUUUGGCAGCGCUUGUGGCUGCGAGAGGUUUAGCUGGGGGAUGGGGGUUUUUCGAUAAGUAUUAG